GUUGGCAGCAAUAUAAGAACAGGAUGGGUUUAAUACUUUAAUUAAAGUGUCAUCAUUGGGCGAUAGACGACGGUUAGUGCUAAGAUUAAGAAAGUAAGGGCAGCAAACUAAACAACCGUUCGCGAAUACCCGCGUCUUGAGCUUCCACUCAAUUUCGUAAAUCCCUUCCGAAUCUCUCUCCACCCUCCCCACAGGCCAAAGCCACAGGGCUGCAGCUGGAUGCCUGGACCAUUCUCCAAUGAUUUGUUGAAUUGAACAAACUGGAUAAGUCAUCCUUCAAACUUACCGUUGCUAUCUUCCUCCAAUAUAGGCUUGUCCUUCCUUCAGGAAGAAAGUCAUUUCAUGGAUGAUGGUCCUGCAAAAUUAAAUAUCAUUCCUGAUCACUUUCAAGUUCCAACAUCAAGUCAAGAAUCUCCUGAAAACACAUCAUCGUCUAUUACAGAACCUCAAACUGAUCAAUCCCCAAGGUCCCCACACCAUUUGCGGACCCGAAGGAAAUUAAAGACGGCUUUGAUGCUGAGCUUGUUUUCUCCGAGGCGGCUCUCAUGGGUUUCCAGUAAUGAAGGUCAGGAGAAGGUAGAACUAACUGUUGCAGAAGUAGAGUCACUUCGAUCUGAACUUACUGAUAUAGAGGAGAGGGAAGCUCAUUUGAAAGCUCGAGUGGAACAUGUUGAUGAAGUUUUGCGGUCAGCACGUCUAUCUGGCUACUUAUACAUCCGAACUAGAUGGGAAGCCCUACCAGGCGAACCUCCACCUAUAGAUGAUACAGAAGUAGAUGAUUGGCUUCCUCGCUUUGUUGUUCUCCACGGAGAAUGUAUAUUCUUAUAUUUGUUGUGUACAGAUCUAAGUCCUCAGGACUCAACCCUUCUAUCGGACAUCAUUGAGGUAGGGAGGUUACCAAGUUUCAAACGUGAUGAUGAGAUUCAAUAUGCCUUUUAUAUUUUGACUCAGCUCGGAUUACGUUAUGAGUGCUCAAGCAAUUCUAAGAUACAGGUGGACUGUUGGUUAUCAGCUCUUCAAACUGACUGUAAAUUGGAAUCUGAUACAUCAAUUCCAAAUGUUUGGAUUAAGAUGUAAUAUAACGGAUAGUCAGAUACCUUGUUUGGGUAUAUAACUUGAAUUUAAUGAGCGUAAUUGAUGGCAGUAAAAAUAGAAGAGGCCUUGAAAAUCAUUUAAAAAACAAGGCAAUCUGGUAAGCUAUUCUGCUUCCAGAAAAAUGCAGGGUAGAAUGGAGAUCGAUAUUGUUCGCCAACAUUCGGAGACAGUUUAGACCAUAUCUUAUUCUGCUUUAAUCUCCCAAGUUUUAUCACUUUGUGGUAGACUGAUACUCAUGCAAUUCUCAUCUAAUAGUAACUGGUGGCCUAAGUCUAGGAGCUAAGGAUGAUCUGACACGGGAACCAAUUUUUCUCCGAAUAUUUAUGUACACGGACAAUGGCUUCAACUCAGAGCUUCACCCAAAUAACUUUGUCAAACUGAUGCUUUCUGCUAAAUAAUUAUUUAAGUUGCACGCUAUCUCAAAAUAAACCAUAAAAAGUAAAAGUAAAAAUCACCCAUUUUCAUGUAAGAAUCUCAUUAAUACUUUUAGAAGCUUCAUUUAGUCUUUAUUUGUCCCUCUUUCCCAUACGCAUGUCCUCUUCUUUUGUUGGCGUUAUCCACCAGUUGGAAAUGGUAUUGGUUCCAUGUGGAGAGAGGAUAGUAAAUGACUGGUUCUCUACUUGGCUGUCCAAUCAAGCCGUGCAUGUAAAGUAUUGACAAGUGUAACACCCAUAUUAUAACAAUGUCGUGCUUCUGACCACACUAUUCUGACAGCGAGGAUAU